UAGGUGGCUCUGAGUCUGGCCGCAGCGCCCUCUGCUGUCCGAAAAGGUUAUAUACACCGUCCCCGAUGCAACCUGCAAUGAUGAUGUUUUCGUCCAAAUAUUGGGCCAGGAGGGGUAUGUCAUUAGAUUCUGCAAUGUGCCCGGAUUUUCUGAAUAACCCAGCGCGAGACAAAUUGAAUGCUGUGAAAAUUGAUGAGAACAAAUGCAGCAAGACUGGACCAGCUGCUGAAAUAGAAAAAACAGCAGUUGUCCUUACAUUGAAGAAUGAAGUUGGAGGAUUGUUACAAACUUUAAAAAUUUUCAAGGAAAAGUAUGUGAACAUAAACCACAUCGAGUCUAGAAAGUCCAAAAUGGGCAACUCCGAAGUGGAAGUAUAUGUGGAAUUUGAAUGCACCAAGAAAAAACACCAGGAACUCAUUCACUUAUUAAAGCUUCAAAGCAACACCAUAUCCCUGAAUCCAGCCGAGAGGAAAUGGCAUGACGAUGAAGAACUUGAUGGUGUUCCGUGGUUUCCGAGGAAGAUCGCUGAACUGGACAAAUGUUCUCACAGAGUCCUGAUGUAUGGAUCUGAAUUGGAUGCUGACCACCCUGGAUUUAAGGACAAUGUUUACCGACAAAGGAGGAAAUAUUUUGUGGACGUUGCUAUGGGUUAUAAAUAUGGACAGGCUAUUCCAAAAGUGGAGUACACUGCAGAAGAAAUAAGAACCUGGGGAACAGUAUUUCGGGAACUUGCAAAAUUGUACCCAACGCAUGCCUGUAAAGAAUAUUUGAAGAACUUUCCAUUACUAUCCAAACACUGUGGCUACAGAGAAGACAAUGUACCACAGCUUCAGGACGUUGCAAUUUUUCUGAAAGAAAGGUCUGGAUUCACAGUACGGCCUGUUGCUGGAUAUCUCUCUCCUAGGGACUUUCUUGCUGGCUUGGCUUACCGCGUAUUUCAUUGCACCCAAUAUAUUCGCCAUGGCUCAGACCCUCUCUAUACUCCUGAACCGGAUACCUGUCAUGAAUUACUAGGGCAUGUCCCUUUACUCGCAGAUCCAAAGUUUGCACAGUUUUCACAAGAGAUAGGCUUGGCAUCUCUUGGAGCCACCGAUGAAGAUGUACAAAAGUUGGCAACAUGUUACUUCUUUACAAUAGAAUUUGGACUUUGCAAACAAGAUGGACAGCUGCGCGCAUAUGGGGCAGGACUUCUAUCUUCUAUUGGGGAACUUAAGCAUGCCUUGUCUGACAAAGCUGCUGUGAAACCGUUUGAUCCAGAGACAACUUGCAUGCAAGAAUGUCUUAUCACUACCUUUCAGGACUUGUACUUUGUGUCAGAAAGCUUUGAGGAAGCCAAGGAAAAGAUGAGGGAAUUUGCCAAAUCAAUCAAUCGUCCCUUCUCUGUGUACUUUAACCCUUACACUGAGAGCAUUGAAAUUCUUCAAAAUACCAGGAGUAUCGAAAAUGUUGUACAAGACUUGCGCAGUGACCUGAAUACAGUGUGCGAUGCUUUAGCCAAAAUGAACAAAUAUUUGGGGAUUUGAUUCUUGGGAGAAUAAUGAAUACUAUACCCUGGGAGUCUGCAAAGAACUGUACUCAUCCUUACAAAUUACCAUUAAGGAUAUGGUCAUCUAGUCAAUUUUAUUGCUCCCUGUAACAUUCAUGAACAGCAUCAUUGUACUUAAGACUUUACAUUUGUGGCUUCUCAUAAAUGUUCUGAAAUAUGCAACUGAAUAUAUACAUAUUAUUUUGAUUUGUCCCAUUUUCCCUCCCCAGUUACC